AUGGAGAGGGUCAAUAGGACAGGGCAAUGGAAAAUAGUAGGGGGAGGCGGAGGCAAGAAGCUACAGUGGGACAUAGCCAAAGAAGGAAGAAGGAGAGUUAACGGAAAAGAUGUUAUUUCAUCCUUUUUCGUUAUGGAAUUUGGAGUAAGAUGGAGAGCAAGAGACUUAUUGAUGGAGUUCAAGGAGUUGGGAGAUAUAGAGGAGGUGGUCAUUCCACCAAAGAAGGAUAAGUUCGGAAGACGCUACGGUUUUGUCCGGUUCUUAAAUGUCAAGGAUGAGGAGUUAUUGGCUACUAAGCUGAAUAAUGUUGUUCUAGAAGGGAGGAAGAUUUUUGCGAAUUUACCUCGGUUCAGCAGAGGUAAGGAAGUUAAAGUUAAGGCAAUCAAGAAGAACCAAGUAGUGGUUAAAAAAGAUUCUAAAACUAAUAGCAGUAACUGGUAUGGAGGAAGGGUUAUGGGUAGAACCUAUGCUGAUGUAACUCAAAGGAGAAGUGGAGAUAUUAAUGCUGAAAAACAGGUUUUAAGGACUGUAAUCUAUCAACCAAAUCAGGAAAAUCAUAUCCAGUAUAGUAAAGCAUACACAGGGAGAAUUAAAGAACCGGAAAAAAUGGUUGACUUCAAAAGGUUAUUCCACGAGGAAGGUAUUUUCAACAUAAGGGUUACUAGUUUGGGACCUAACAUAUGCUUAUUGGAGGAUUUGGUAGGAGGAGAUGUUGAAACAUUCACAGAGGAGAGGAAGUCAUGGUGGAGUCAGUGGUUUUGGUCGAUAUCACCUUGGAAACCUAGGGACAUAGAUACAGGGAGAUUCGCCUGGUUAAAAGUCAUGGGUGUACCAUGUCAUGCUUGGGGUGAAAAAUGCUUCUCUCUUUUGGUGGGGGAUAGAGGUAAGCUGGUAAAAAGUGAUGAAGCAACAAUGCUGAAACAUAGGAUGGCGGAAGCAAUAGUUUGUAUCUUAACAGAAUCUAAGGAGAGGAUAGAGGAGAAGUUUAAUCUUUCCAUAGAAGGGCAGAUCUUUGUUAUUAGUAUGUUUGAGAUAGCUGAGGGCCAGGAGUUAAUCACGAGAAAAAGAGGUGGUAUAGACGAUUCUGAAUCGGAAUCCUCAUCGGCGCCGAAGUUAAUACUAUCCGAUGAAGAAGGGGGGGACAGUAGGAAAUUUUCUGAGGAAGCUGGAUAG